GUUGUGCCUCUCCACCACCAGCAGGCUAUCCGCACACCGCUCUGCAAAGGAGCAACAGCCUGGCCCGUCACCAAACAGCACGCACCCUCUUUCAAACCGAAUCCCACAAAGAGAUCCCAAAAUUCGAGCGCAUAGCGCAUAGCGCCAAAGCAGCAAGAUGUCGGACAAACUCACCCGUAUUGCCAUCAUCAGCACUGACAAGUGCAAGCCCAAGAAAUGUAGACAAGAAUGCAAGAAAUCCUGUCCGGUUGUGCGAAGUGGACGUCUCUGUAUCGAGGUCACUCCAGAAUCAAAAAUCGCCUUUAUUUCGGAGAGUCUUUGCAUUGGAUGUGGUAUCUGCCCGAAGAAAUGUCCCUUCGGUGCCAUCAACAUCAUCAAUCUGCCAACAAAUCUUGAGUCCCAGAUCACCCAUCGAUACUCGGCCAACAGCUUCAAGCUCCAUCGAUUGCCCACCCCGCGCCCAGGACAGGUUUUGGGUCUGGUUGGUUCCAACGGUAUUGGAAAGAGUACGGCUCUUAAGAUCUUGAGCGGAAAGCUGAAACCCAAUUUGGGAAGAUAUGACAAUCCUCCAGACUGGCAAGAUGUGAUCAAGCACUUCCGUGGUUCUGAAUUGCAGAAUUACUUCACCAAAAUCCUCGAAGAUGACUUGAAGGCAAUCGUGAAGCCUCAGUAUGUCGACCGCAUUCCAAAGGCUGUCAGAGGCGCCGACAAGACCGUCCGAACUUUAAUUGAGGCAAACUCGAGUUUGGACAAUUUGGAUGAGGUACUAGACAUUCUUGAGUUGAACCACAUCAUGGACCGUGAUAUCAACCUUCUUUCUGGAGGAGAGCUCCAAAGAUUUGCCAUUGGAACUGUCUGUGUGCAGCAAGCUGAUGUCUACAUGUUCGACGAGCCUUCAUCCUACCUCGAUGUUAAGCAGCGAUUGAGCGCUGCCAAGGUCAUCCGAUCCCUUCUUCGACCAGACGACUACGUUAUUUGUGUUGAGCACGAUCUUUCGGUACUUGAUUAUCUGUCCGACUUCAUCUGUGUCCUCUACGGAAAGCCUGCAGUCUAUGGUGUUGUCACUCUUCCAGCCUCCGUCCGCGAAGGUAUCAACAUCUUCCUAGAUGGCAACAUUCCAACUGAAAACUUGCGUUUCAGGGAGGAGUCUCUCACUUUCCGAAUUGCUGAGGCAGCAGAUGAGUUUAUGGCUGACCGGUCCCGUGCUUUCACCUACCCCUCUAUGGAGAAGACCCUCGGGGGAUUCCACCUGGAGAUCAAGGAUGGUGACUUCACUGAUUCCGAGAUCAUUGUUAUGAUGGGCGAGAACGGAACUGGAAAGACCACUUUCUGUAAACUCCUCGCUGGUGCCAUUCAACCGGACGGCAACCAAAAAGUCCCAGGUAUGAAGGUCAGCAUGAAGCCUCAAAAGAUCACGCCAAAGUUUGAGGGUACGGUUCGACAACUGUUUUUCAAGAAGAUCAAGACCGCCUUCCUCCUGCCACAGUUUCAGACUGAUGUGGUCAAGCCGCUGAAGCUUGAUGAGUUCAUUGAUCAAGAAGUCAAGACACUCUCCGGUGGAGAAUUGCAACGCGUUGCUAUCGUCCUUGCUCUUGGUCUUCCGGCUGACAUCUACCUCAUCGAUGAGCCUUCAGCCUACCUAGAUUCCGAGCAGCGUAUCAUUGCGGCCCGGGUUAUCAAAAGGUUCAUCAUGCACUCCAAGAAGACAGCUUUCGUUGUUGAGCACGAUUUUAUCAUGGCUACCUAUCUUGCCGAUCGAGUUAUUGUCUUUGACGGUGCACCUGGAAUCAAUGCUCGUGCUAACACACCAGAGUCAUUGCUCACUGGUUGCAACAAGUUCUUGAAGAACCUUGACGUCACCUUCAGACGUGAUCCUACCAACUUCAGACCUCGUAUCAACAAGUUGAAUUCACAAUUGGACCAAGAGCAAAAGUUGAAUGGCAACUAUUUCUUCUUGGAGGACGAUGCAGCUACCAAGGAGCCGGCUGCUGCAGCAGCAAAAUCUAGUUGAAACCGGCAACUCAAAUGAACAAAUACUCCCUUCGAAUCAUGCAUUGCCAGGCGU